GGUCGGGAGCGCCGUUCCCUGCCCUGGAGGGGCUGUCGGGGCCGCCUGUCUUUGGCGACGGUUUCCGGCAGUAACUUCUGAGUUAGGAGAGGAGGGACAGAGUGCCCGCUGCGUCCCGAGCCGGGCCGGGCAGUGUCCUUGCCUCCCGGCGCUCCGUUGCCCGACUGGUCUCCUGUGGCCACUUCGUCUAGGCCGCGGGCACCUGAGUGAGUGCGGGUGUGGCUGAGGCUGAGUAUGGUGGGAUGAGAUGUCAUGUGGCCUGUCCUUUGGACCGUGGUGCGUACCUAUGCUCCUUAUGUCACAUUUCCUGUGGCCUUCGUGGUUGGGGCUGUGGGCUACCACUUGGAAUGGUUCAUCAGGGGAAAGGAUCCCCAGCCUGUGGAAGAAGAGAAGAGCAUCUCAGAGCGUCGGGAAGAUCGUAAGCUGGAUGAACUGCUAGGCAAGGAUCACACCCAGGUGCUUAGCCUUAAGGACAAGCUGGAAUUUGCCCCUAAAUCUGUCCUGAACAGAAACCGCCCAGAGAAGAAUUAAUGGAAGACUCAAGACCUUAUGGUCAACAGGGCUGGGACUGGUCCUGCUGUGAUGUCAACUCAGCCCCAGAACAUACAUCUGAUUUGCUUUGCUGCUUAUUCUGGUCCCUUCUGCACCCCUCGGCCUCAUGUAUACUGGCUGCUCCUUAAUAGCCAGGGAGACACAAGGAGCAGCUGAGGGCCAGCCAAGAGGAGGGCUAAAUCUGUAGCAUGGGGUCCACAACUGCUCAGGCUUCCACGCUUCCUCUGAUGUACUGCCCAGAGGAGUGCUGUGGACGGACAUUGGCUUUCAGUAUGCUGGAGAGGUGGUUUGGCCUCAAGUAGGAAUGGCUGGGAUUUGGGUGUUCCUGUUAGGAGGGUGCACACAUGUCUAGUUCCAGUUUGCACUGGAAGAAUUCAGAAAUCUACCUGGUUCCCUUGACUAGUUUGCCCUAUCCUUGGUGUUCAUUUUUUCUGAAGUCCUUUUGUUAGCUCAGGAAUGGGAAUCUCUGGGAAAGGAAAGCAUUUUUCCCUUGUCAGUUGCACAGGUUGUUCAUGGGGCAGGGAGGGACAUGUGCCUGGUGAAUUUGCCUGAAAACAGUCACCAUCUUCCACCCCUCAUCACUGUGUAGUGAAAACCUUGAUUAAAGUGGCAUCUGAGAACCA